AUGGCGGGGUACGGGGACCGGCGAUCGCCGCCGCUGGAGGGCAUCACCGUCGUCGACGGGGGCAGCAGGGCGCAGUCGCCCGGGGCGGGUGCGGGGGCGGGGAGGCUCCCGCCGCCGCCGGGAGGGUUCGCGCGCGGGCUCAUGAAGCAGCCGUCGCGGCUGGCGUCGGGGGUGCGGCAGUUCGCGUCGCGGGUGUCGAUGAAGGUGCCCGAGCGGGUGGCCGGGAUGCGGUCGGGCCGGAUGACGCGGAUGCAGUCCAGCGCGCAGAUGGGGCUCCGCGGCCUGCGCUUCCUCGACAAGACCUCCGGCGGCAAGGAGGGCUGGAAGGCCGUCGAACGCCGCUUCGACGACAUGACCAAGGGCAGCGGGCGACUCCAGAAGGAGAGCUUCGGCAAGUGCAUCGGCAUGGGGGACUCCAAGGAGUUUGCCGGCGAGCUGUUCGUGGCGCUGGCGCGGAGGCGGAACCUGGAGCCGGAGGACGGCAUCACCAAGGAGCAGCUCAAGGAGUUCUGGGAGGAGAUGACCGACCAGAACUUCGACUCGCGGCUGCGCAUUUUCUUUGACAUGUGCGACAAGAACGGUGAUGGGAUGCUCACGGAAGAUGAGGUCAAAGAGGUUAUUAUACUGAGCGCGUCAGCGAACAAGCUGGCCAAAUUGAAGGGUCACGCCGCGACCUACGCGUCCCUGAUCAUGGAAGAACUCGACCCGGACGACCGCGGCUACAUCGAGAUUUGGCAACUGGAGACUUUGCUCCGGGGCAUGGUGAGCGCGCAGGCGCCCGAGAAGCUGAAGCGGACGCCGUCGAGCCUGGCGCGGACGAUGGUCCCGUCGCGGUACCGGAACCCGCUGAAGCGGCACUUGUCCAAGACGGUGGACUUCAUCCACGAGAACUGGAAGCGGAUAUGGCUCGUGACACUGUGGCUGGUCGUCAACCUCGUCCUGUUCGUGUACAAGUUCGAGCAAUACAAGCGCCGAACUGCGUUCCAGGUGAUGGGCUACUGUGUCUGCGUUGCCAAGGGCGCCGCCGAGACCCUCAAGCUCAACAUGGCCCUCAUCCUGCUGCCCGUCUGCCGGAACACGCUGACGACGCUCAGGUCCACCGCGCUCAGCCAUGUCAUACCCUUCGAUGACAACAUCAACUUCCACAAGAUCAUGGCGCUGUCGAUCGCAGUCGCCACAGCGAUCCACACACUCGCACACGUGACCUGUGACUUCCCAAGGCUGAUCAGCUGCCCAACGGACAAAUUCAUGGCUACCUUGGGGUCCAACUUCCACUACAAGCAGCCGACUUACCCGGACUUGCUGGAGAGCAUACCUGGGGUCACCGGAAUCCUCAUGAUCAUCAUAAUGUCCUUCUCCUUCACGCUGGCAACACAUUCCUUCAGGCGGAGUGUGGUGAAGCUGCCAUCGCCGCUGCACCACCUUGCCGGUUUCAAUGCCUUCUGGUACGCCCACCACCUGCUGGUCAUUGCGUAUAUCCUGCUGGUGGUGCAUUCCUACUUCAUAUUCCUCACCAGGGAGUGGUACAAGAAGACGACAUGGAUGUACCUGAUUGUCCCUGUCCUCUUCUAUGCCUGUGAAAGAAUCAUCAGGAAAUUUCGUGAGAACAACUACCAUGCGCCAAUUGUGAGGGCAGCAAUUUAUCCUGGAAAUGUGCUCUCUAUUCACUUUAAGAAGCCACAGGGUUUCAAGUACAAGAGUGGGAUGUAUCUGUUUGUAAAGUGCCCAGAAGUCUCACCUUUCGAAUGGCACCCCUUCUCUAUAACUUCAGCACCAGGCGAUGACUACUUGAGUGUGCAUAUCCGCACGCUGGGUGACUGGACAUCCGAACUUCGGAUGCUUUUUGGGAAGGCUUGUGAGGCACAAGUAACUUCCAAGAAGGCUACCCUUACAAGACUUGAAACUACAGUUGUGGCAGACGCCCAGACAGAGGACACUAGGUUUCCCAAGGUCUAUAUAGACGGGCCAUACGGUGCACCAGCACAAAAUUACAGGAAAUAUGACAUUCUUCUGCUUAUUGGUCUUGGAAUAGGAGCAACUCCUUUCAUCAGCAUACUGAAGGAUAUGUUGAACAACCUAAAAUCCACCGAAGAGGUGGAAAGCAUCCACGGCUCUGAGAUAGGCAGCUUCAAGAACAAUGGUCCAGGAAGGGCUUACUUCUACUGGGUCACCAGAGAGCAAGGAUCUUUCGAAUGGUUCAAAGGAGUCAUGAAUGAGGUUGCUGGGAGCGACCACAGCAAUGUUAUAGAGAUGCACAAUUACCUGACCAGCGUGUAUGAAGAAGGUGAUGCAAGGUCAGCUCUGAUUGCCAUGGUCCAGUCACUUCAGCAUGCCAAAAACGGCGUGGAUAUCGUCUCCGGCAGCAAAAUUCGAACACAUUUUGCAAGACCAAACUGGAGAAAGGUAUUCUCUGAUUUGGCCAAUGCACACAGGAACUCUCGCGUAGGAGUUUUCUAUUGUGGAUCUCCAACGCUCACAAAACAACUCAAGGAUCUUUCGAAAGAAUUCAGCCAGACAACCACAACUAGGUUCCAUUUCCACAAGGAGAACUUCUGA